AUGGCUAUAAAGGCUUGUAUGCCAACAACAAUUCACCAUUGGUGUAUUUGGCACAUUAUGAAGAAGAUCCUAACCAAAUUAAAUGGGUACAAGGGACAUGCAGAAAUUGAACAAGAAAUGAGCCAAGUUGUUUGGAACUCUCAUAGUAAAGAUUCAUUUGAUAGGAAUUGGAAUGAUUUUCUGCUGAAGUAUGGUCUUGUGGACAACAAGUGGCUUUCAGCUCGCUUAUUCAAUUUGUCAAACAAUACGAUAAUUGCUUCAGAAGCCGGGAGCAAGCAGAGAGAGAAUCAGAUGCUGCAGAUUUUCAUUCGAUCAUACCGUGUGCAACAAAAUCCUUCAUUGAAGCUCAGUUUCAACAUGUUUACACUCACCGAAAGUUUAGGGAAGUCCAAGCACAAUUAUGAGGAAAGGUGA